AACAGUUGCAACUGUUCCCACUACUAGUUGGAUAUUAAAGCUUAAAGUGAACGAACGGUUUUUUCGAAACGUAACGGAUAAACGAUUUUUAUAUAGAAAAAGAGAAAAAAAAAAAAAUUAAAAAAAAAUUGUUUGUUUAUAAUCAAAAAUAAAGUGUUCACGUUCCUCUCUCUCUCCCUCUCCUACUAUUGCUGUUCGACAUACUCCCCUGUUUUAUUGCCUUAAUACAGUGCGGGGGGUUCUGUGAUUGAAGUGUGUGUGUGUCUGAAGUAUUUCUAUCUAACUUUCGUGUGUGUGAUUGUUUUAUUAAAAGCCGCCAAAAUUGGUCGUCUUACGAAAACUUCAUUUGUUUUAAGUGACCUCAGGGACGACGACAUGGGUUUCGGUUCACGCAUGGACUGCUGCGGGCAGUUUGUCAAAUACAGUUUAUUCGUUUCGAAUUUUAUUAUAUUUGUGGGCGGUGCUACUGUUUUUUGCUUAAGUUUAUGGACCUUGGUCGAUCGUAGUUUUAUGAAUGAGUUAUUGGGCACAAAUCUAUUUUCGGGAGCCGUCUAUGUUCUACUCGUUACCUCGGUGGCCAUAUGUUUGUUAUCGUUUUUGGGUUGUGUGGGAGCGGGCAAAGAGGUUAAGUGUCUACUGUUAACGUACUUUAUCAUUGUGGCCCUGGUGUUUGUGACCAUGUUAAUCGGCGGUAUUUUGGGCUAUGUAUUUCGUGAAAGGGUCCAGCAGACCAUGCGACAGGAAAUGCGCUCCUCCAUGGCUCUAUAUGGCAGCCGUCGUGACAUUACCCAGGCCUGGGAUCAAACUCAAGAACGUCUUCAGUGCUGUGGUGUUGACACCUGGCAUGACUGGAAUCGUUUUGGUCCCAUACCCGAGUCAUGCUGUCAGGAAAUCUUUGGGGGUCAACGUAAAGAGUGUACUAUAUUCCCUACUAUAACGAAUCUAUACAGCCAGGGAUGUUUGUAUGUUACCUCGAAUUUUAUUAGAGAUCAUGCGGCCAUUAUAGGAGGUACCUCAAUAGCGGUGGCUAUAAUAAUGAUCUUUGGCAUGGUCUUCUCUUGUCUUCUAUUUAACAUGAUUGAAUAGUCAAGAUUUAAGUAUUUUUUGGUAUUGCGCUCUCUAUGUUAAAUUUUUGAAAAAAUAUUUCAUAAUUUGUAAAAAAUUUAGUUUACUUUUGUUAAAAAAUCGGAUGAAAUCUUUUAUCUGUUCAAAAUACCUUAUAAAAUGUAAGAUAGGUAAUUCUAUGCUUGUCUAUAGUUCAGAUUAUAGUCUUGUUAAUAGUCCAGAAUAUAGACUUGUCUACAGUCCAGAUUAUAGAUUUGUCCAUAGUCCCGAUUAUAGACUUGUCUAUAGUCCAGUUUAUGGAUUUGUCUCUUCUCCAGAUUAUGGACUUGUCUAUAGUCCAGACUAUAGACUAGACUAUAGACUAGACUAUAGACUAGACUAUAGACUAGACUAUAGACUAGACUAUAGACUAG